UGUCCGUUUGCUGGAGACUCAGGAAGUAGGUUGAGGUUAGGGCGGAGAAGCCCCUCCUUCGAGCUCGAAUGUGCGUAUGACCGCGGCGCUCCUUCUCUCGGCUGCUAGAAUCAUCGCCAGCUUCCCCGGCCAGCUGUCGCCGCAUCCACUCAUGGACGACCCAGCGGUGGUUACGGCGGGUCAGACGACUGUCGCCGGCAAAGGAGGGGCAGGUGGCGGAGCGGUCAACCCGGACUACACGGCCUUUGUGCUGGUGCCUGUCUUCUUCCUCCUGGGCUUGCUGGGGGUGGUCAUCUGCCAUGUGCUGAAGAGGAAGGGCUACCGGUGUACCACUGAGGCGCAGGAUGAGGAGGAGGCGUGCGAAGAAGUGGACAAGGAUCUUGAGCUGGGAGGAGAGCUCAACGACACUCUGAGUGAAAACAACGACACCGUGGGACAGAUUGUCCACUACAUCAUGAAUAAUGAAGCCAACUCUGAUGCUCUGAAAGCCAUGGUGCACGAAACCAGCAUCGAUUCUGAUGGUGCACCCGUCACCCCCACCUCCCCCUACUCGCCCUCGCCGCCCAUGACCCCAGUGUCGCCGGUGUCGCCGCCGGAGGCCGCCAAGCACACCUGCAACCACCUGCACACCAUCGGCGGCGUCGGUGGCCACAAGAACAUCUGCACGCGCUGCAGUCAGAAGAAGUGGCCGCUCAUGAGCAAGCCCGCCGCCGCCAUCCGCAAGGCGGAGCAACGGCGCAGACACUCGGGGGAAGUCACCGUGUUGUCCGUGGGCAGGUUCCGUGUGACAAAGUGCGAAAAACCAGCCAGGGAACGGCGGACGCUGCUGAUAGCGGACUCUAAUGGCAGCGUGCCUUCGGAGGAGGUGGCGUCCAACAGCCGGACGGUGUCUGAGAGCCAGGAGGAGAACAGCAUGGACGUGGAGAAAUGAUAAGUCCAGGUGUACGCCAUUCCUCAAAAAGACAAAAUCAUCUGCAUAGUUUUUAAAAAGCGGAGUAAUACGGCGGGCAGAUGGGAUUCGAAACCCCACUUUCACUUGGGGCCACACUGACGCAGCCACACGGGUCACUUAUUACCCGGCUAGGUAGGAGAAGUUCUUCAAUUAUUUCAUUCCUCCCGAAAGACGUGCAGAGGGUUUCGCAUCGCUCGGUCCGGCGGUGUGACAUGACAUCAUACAUAUUUCCGGGAGGAGCGUGUGGCAGCUGGAUGAAAUAGGACUUCUUGAACCGGUACAGCCAGUCUGUGUCCAAAACAAACAAACCAAGUAGGAACAACCUACGGGGCCAGGAAAGCUGUGUGGAGCCUUGGCAGGUGUAAUUGUAAGAAAUAAAGCAUCAUCCUGUGCAGCAGCUAGGAGGAAUAUAUAAAUUAGUGCAUAAUGUAUAAUGGCUUCUUUGUGCCACUGAGACAUUUAAAAACCUUACAUUUUAUUGGUUCAACUUGGUUUUUCUACAGCAUGUUAGGAAAGCACUUGUUUUUAUUCGGCCUACUAAUAUUAAAAUAUGAUGAUGCUGUGAAGGGACAACAUUAUGGGGUGCGUUCACACUUGCCAUGUUUGGUUCAUUUCAAAAGAACUCUGGUGCUUUUUGUCUCUGCUGGUACGGUUCGUUUGGUGGAGCGCAAAAGCGUUCAUCCGAACAAGCGGACCGGGACUCUGGUGCAGUUUAAAUGAUUCAGAAUGAUGGUAAAAAAAAAAAAAAGAAGCACUUUAAAGGUGUAUUUUGAAAGCUUUUUGUGAAACAUAAGCUGGUAAAUAUUGUGUUACAAGAAACAACUGCAGAAGGCUUUGCUUUAUGUGUGUGUGUGUGUGUGUGUGUGUGUGUGUGUUGUAUUUCUACCCUUCUUGAGGCAUCAACAAGAAAAAAUACCUUCCGUAUGAGGACCGGUGAACAAGUUAGGACAUAAAUCAUGGUCCAAAUAUGGAAAAACCAUUGCAUCUAAUAGAGAAUGUCUCAUUUUGCGCCCCAUUUGUGGUAAAAUCGAUCAAAAUGAGGGUGGUCCCAAAAAGGAGGGAUUUUUCAAAUUGACUGUGUCGGGUUUAAAAGUGCUCCCCCCCUGGUCAACAUAUGAAAUAACAAGUGUCUGUAAAAAUGUGAAGUCCUCCUCCUAUGGGCAACAUAAGUAAAAACAAAUGUGUGUAAGAUAUUAAAAAAGUAAUAAAUAAAUAUGUAUAUAGAGACAUACUGUAAUAACUAAGUAAAUGAAAAUUUAAAAUCAAUUGGUUUUUAAUUUUCAUUAUUAUUAUUUCUAUAUUAGUGAAGUGAAUUAUUUAUAUAGCGCUUUUCUCUAGUGACUCAAAGCGCUUUACACAGUGAAACCCAAUAUCUAAGUUACAUUUAAGCCAGUGUGGGUGGCACUGGGAGCAGGUGGGUAAAGUGUCUUGCCCAACGACACAACAGCAGUGACUAGGAUGGCAGAAGCGGGGAUCGAACCUGGAACCCUCAAGUUGCUGACACGGGCACUCUACCAACCUAGCUAUACCCCCCCACGAUAUAUUAUCAUUUCAAUAUUAUUAUUAUUAUCAUGAUUCACACAAAAAAAAAAAUAAAAAAAACUAACUAAAAGCUUACCUUUUUUAAUUGUGCAUAGUAUGUACAUAUUAUUAAUGUUGUAAUUAUAAAUCUUUAUAUAUCUAGAAAGGGUGGUGCUAAAGAGGUAGGCAUUUUUCUCAGGUCUCAAAAUACAAGUGUGUGUGUGUGUGUGUGUGUGUGUGUGUCUCAACCCUGCACAGCGCUCCUUUAAAAAGUAUGUUUUAAAAACUCUUGGUGAAAUCUAAGCUGGUGAAUAUAGCAAAAUAUAAAACAAAAUCAACCCAUUGUUGUUUAAAAUAUUUGAGUGACAUCAGGAAAGCAACUUAAUCAAGCUUUAAACUGAUGUCCUUGCCUUUAAUUGCGUGACAAAAAUACCGGCGUACACCGAAGUGCGCACUAAGCCCCCUCUCUGUACAAUUCCGAACCCAAAAGUGUGAACGCAACCUUUUGAGUGUUGGAAACAGCCAAGUUCUGUUCGCACUUCUUUUUCAGGCGGGGGGCUGGGGGGAGGGGGGCUUCGGUUUUGUCUGUUGAAAAAAAAAUGAGCGGCUGAGCUCCGUGGAAACCAAAGCCAAGAGUGUUGACAUCCGUCUACCUCUUCUCGCCUUCCUGCGGGGUCAUUUCACCUUUUUCAUUGUGCCACCUUUGUUUUGGAUUAAUUGCAUAUAUUUGUACUUGUUUUAUUGAUUGCUGUGUUUUUAUUUAAUGACAAAAAAAUAAAGAUGUAUACAUAUCAGA